AUGCUGCAGCUCUCCAAGGUCACCACCUCGCUGCUCAUCAGCAACGCCAGGGCGGCCCGCGACGAGGACCUGCUGACGCGAGAGGGAGUCACCUUCUGCGUUAAUGUCACCAGGCAGCAGCCGUUCCCCGGCCUCCCGCAGGUGCGGGGCAUCCGCGUGCCCGUGUUCGACGACCCGGCUGAAGACCUGUAUCGCUAUUUUGAGGAGUGCAGCGAUGCUAUCGAAGAGGCUCUGAUGAGACACAGGAAGCUCCCGCUCAAGGAGGCCUUUGAGACUGUGAAGGCGGCCAGACCGGUCGCAGAACCCAACGCAGGAUUUUGGUCUCAGCUGCAGAGAUACGAAGAGGCCUUACAGAGACCAGAGCAGCCUGACCUGCUGAGCAAAGGACUUACAAAUAGCAACGUGUGA